AACUACCCGAGCACCCAAUCACUCGAGACUUGUAAAUGAAGAGAUCAAGUUAAGUUGGAUCUUGGAUCAUAUCAAGUCCUGAGUACUUGAAGCAGUCGGUGAAACUUUUAACAAGGGAAAACCCAUUUUUUUGUUUUUGUAAUAUACAUAGAUAUUUAUAUCGAGUUAUGCUUAUUGUGAAAAAUUGACACAAGCCGUGAAUUUUUAAAAUUAAAUAUCUAUUCGAAACUUUAUCGCUCACCUAAACAGUGUAAUAAUAUUUUUAUUAUUAUUAUUAUAAUUUUUGACACAUUUAAAUCAUCGGUUUUAUUAAAUAAUAAUAAUAAUAAUGUUUUAUAUUUAUUCAUAAAGUUAAAUUUUUUUAAACAAAAACUUUUAUUUAUAAAAAUUAAGUGGAGUGUUGCAAGUUGCAAUAACAAUCCGAGUUUUUAAUUGAUGAUUAUUUUUAAAAAUAAUAUUUUUGUUAAUUCGAAAGCUAAACACAAUUCGAGUGAUAACAAAAAUAUACUUAUUAAAAUUAUAUAUAUAAAAGUGUUGUGAGAGUGUGUGCCGGUGUUAUUUUAAAAUUAUAUUGGUAAUUAGAAAAAAUCAACUUUAGAAAAUAUGUCGUAUUUCUUUCGCGACAGACCAAAAUUUAGCGAGCGGCUGCGUGGUAAAUCUGGAGAUGAAUUAUUUCAAGAAUUGAAGCAACAUUUUGAUGAUGAGGAUAAAAAUUUUGAACCGAGUUCGAGAAACACGCGGGAUCCAUUUGAUCGACAUGCUUUUUCACGGGGCUUCCCAUUUGACGACGAGAGCUUCAGUAGACGGGACAUAAGAUCACACUUGGACGAUUUGGCAGCUCGUCAUCCAGAGUUUGCGGAACACUUGCUUGGGCCUCCUUGGGGUGAAAUACCCUUUCACGGAACACUUCGUAAUCGUCGUCGUGGUUCUGGUAGUAAUUCACAUCAAGGCCAUCCUGACGAAGACGCACGUAGCCAAGCGAGUGGAAGCAGCGCAGCGAGUGCGGCUAGUGGUGCAAGCGGUGUAAGCUCUCACGGUGAACCAGAUCAAAUUUACCAGCAGGAAACACCUGGCAACAAGAUUCCACAGUACGGUUUACGCAAUACCGUAGACAUUGGUCAACAUCGUCACAAUAUGGAAAAUCUUGAGAAGGCUGAUCGAGGACAGCGCUCAAUGUCUGCGCCUCCAGAAAAUCGACAACAAGAACAACAACAACCACAAACACACGCCCAACAAAAUCAGAAUCCUCGUUUUAUUUCUAGGGUAGACAUUACGCCACAGUACACUAAUCAAAAUCAAAGUUCAGUACCCAGUGCACAGCAGCAGCAAUCACCUCAGAGCCAGUCACCACCUCAAAAUCAACAGCAUCAACAAAGUAACGUCAGGCAUAUUCCUAUUUUUGUAGAAGGACGUGAUGAACCAGUUAUAUCAAAAGGUUCAUCACCAACUUACACAAGACAGCAAUCACCACCAAGGUUCCAUCAGCCCCAGUUUGAAUCACCCCAUCCAGAAUACAAUUCAUCAAAUUAUCAAAGGCCAUCGAGCCAAUUUAAUCAACACUUUGGAGGUAGAAACAGAGACUGGCCUCCACAAUUUCAAGAUCCCUUCCAAGAUACAUUCGAUCACCCGACAAUUCGCAAAACACAUCAAUCUCAUUCCCCAUUCAGACAAGACGACAGACGACGUCCUGAAAGUCCUGUUCAUGCGCGGCAUCAACAUCCAUCACAUCAACAACAUCAACAACAACAAAAACAACAACAACAACCAAAACGUCAAGAUUCACCAAAACCACGAAAACAAAUUGUACCAACAGAUCCUUUAGAAAAAGUUUCUAUAGUUCAAAAAGAAGUUGAUUCUUUGACAGAUCAAGUUAAACAAUGGAACGGUACUUCAAGAAAAGAUAAACAGUAUAUUUAUUUGGAUGAAAUGUUGACAAGGGAGUUGAUUAAAUUGGACGACAUCGAGACUGAAGGAAAAGAAAAUGUUAGACAAGCGAGAAAAAAUGCAAUUAAAAGUAUACAAGAUUCCAUAAGUUUAUUGGAAUCCAAAGCGCCUCUCACAACAACAGCAGAAGUUGUUAAUAAAGAGGAACAACAACCACAACAACAAGUUGAAACAUUAACUGAGCCUAUGGAGAGUGAGACUGUCGUUAAAGAGGAACAUGAGGUUAUUCCUUUGCCAUCACCCACCAAACCCGAGGAUGUCGAUCCUCAACUUAAAGAUGAAAAAUCCGAGCCAUUAGCCAACGAUACUGCCACAACUGUUGUUCCUAUGGAAACAACAGCUGUUCCAGCGGAAAAAGAACUCGCUGACAAAAGUCAUGCUGCUAUGGAAGUCCAGCCAGCAAACACCCAAAGUACACUAGCUGCUGAUAAUCUAACAAAAGUCGAGGGCCAGGUUAAAAAAGAAGACGAGGCUAGUGCUAAAAAAGAGGCAAACGAUACACAACCAACAAAGUCACCAAAAAAACUUAAAAAAGCUAAAAAACAAACGCCCGUUUCAAUGGAACCGAUUCCAUUGCCAGCAUCCGAAGAGCAGAGUCGACAAACUCUCUAAUAUUUUAAAUUAUAUUAAUUUACAUACAAUAAAUAUUUAAUUUAUGUAAACAAAAUCAAAAAUUAUAAUAAAAUGAUUUAAUUGCUGGUAUGGACAUUUAUUUAAUUUUAUUUGACUCGCUGGAGUAUUUAGAAAAGAAAUAAUUAAAUUUAGAGGAUUAACAGACUUGUUUAAUUAAUAAACAUCAAAAAGACUGAUUUUUCCUCAUGACUUCAGCGUAACUUGUGAUUAUUAUUUAUCAUUUACUUACAACUACAGUUUGUUAUUAUUUUUCAUAAAUUUAAAUUUCUGUGCUCUUAUUUAAAUUUAAAUUUAUUAUAGUGAUUAUAAUGUUGCUGCUAAAAUAAUUUCAAAUUAUAAUUAGAUUUAGAUUUUUAAUAUUAAUUAUUUAUAUUUAUAAAUAAGAAAUCCUCUGUUGGAAGUUUUUGAUAAGAUAAAAAAAAAAUAAUAAUAAUGAUAAUAAUACCAAGCCAUCAACUUUACUUUGUUGUUUUCUG